AUGGUUGAAGGUCAACGGGGGAAGCCGUAUGAAGAUCGCCUAAAGAGCCUGGGGUUGUUUUCCCUUGAACGGCGUAGACUGAGAGGCGAUCUGAUAGAAACAUUUAAGAUCAUGAAGGGCUUCAGUGCCAUCGUGCCCUCUGAUUUAUUUGAGCUGGCUGAUUCUGAACGCUUGCGUGGACAUCGCUUGAAGCUCAAACAACAGAGAGCUAGACUGAACGUCAGGGCUAAGUUCUUCUCAAAUCGUGUAGUGCGCAACUGGAAUAAGUUGCCUUCGGAACUAAUGGAUUGUGAGACUGUGGUUGCCUUCAAAGCAGGCCUAGACAGGUGCUGGCCGCGUAUUUUUCCGGAAUUAAUAUAA